CCCAGUCUGAACCAGUUCUCGGUUGUCUUAGGCAAGGGUUCUUAACUGGUGUGGUCUUCAGUGGUUCGUCCUUUGUGCUCAUUCAUGUCUAACCACACUGAAGCGGUCCGUUCACGAAGUCGGCGUGCUCUUGAAUCAUCGAGCGUUGCGGGUUUACGUCGCCAGCGGGAUCGCCUCUCCAGGCAACGAAGACGCGCGAGUGGUAACCCACCUGCUUCUUCAUCCACUCCCGAUCAUGCCAAUGGAUCUGAUGGCUCUUUGGCACCCAUCAAUCCUUCCCUCAGCCGUUCCGAGCACUGGCGGCUUUUUGCCUCUCAUCAACCCAAUCCUAUUCUUUCACGAUGGCGGUCAGUACCGUGUCAAUACUGUGGUGCGCUCCUGCUAGAAAGUGAAUAUUUGGGUUGGUGUUGUCGAAAUGGCCCCAAAGUGCUGCCUCCUCUACGACCUUUGCCCGAUUUUCUCGCUUCGGUUGCAAAUAAUUUCCCCACAGAUGCUGGUGAAGGCUCCCGAUCACUGAACUAUCUCUUCAACCUCAGUGCACAAGGAGUAUCCGGUAGGUUUCAUUCAUUCCAAGGUGUGUUUUUUUAGCUCCACUGGUGAUCUAUCUUGACUUUCUUUUAUUCUUUAUGUGUAACGGGUCGAACAUAUCACCGCAUCAUGCCGAGCCUUCGAGCUGGCCAUCCCACAAAUUGGUUCCUCUACGAUCCUGGUGGCGG